GCAAUUGCUGGUUAUUUCACUUACCUGUCGUGCGACCCCUUGCUUGUGUUGUUCUGUUACUUGUAAGGAUAUGGGUUGACAAUGACACGUAUAGUAUUUGAUCAAAUGUGUGGCUUUCACAGACUGGUGACUCAAACAGGAAGAGGCACAUGUGGUAAUAUAACAUUUUCGAAUUUUAUGUGCGGACUUCGAAGACACUAAAACAGCUAUGAAUAUCAGACGUGUAUUUGUUUUGGACAGUGAUCAUAGCUUAUGGAUAUUACAUUAUGUCAACAGACGGUGUCAGAACUGGAAACAGAUGUAUUGAGGAUUUGACGAAAGUCUUUACAGUACAGCUCCAGUGUUCUGUCGAUGAGCGGAUACAUGUCGUGCACGAGGUGUAUGGGGAUGGAGAUGUAGCAACAUGUUGUGUGAAAUCUGCUGGAUCGUGUAGUACGAAACUUGACAGCAGCCAACAUGGCCUGGUUGUCAACUGUAAUGGGAAACAGUCAUGUCGUGAAGCCAUGCAGGUACCAUACAUCAACAACUGUAAUAUUACCGAUGCUGCUGCUGAAGUAAAGUACAACUGUAUCAAAGGUAGUAUGAACAUGUGUAGUCCAGUCACAACAACAGUAAACGGGUCGGUGUACCUCCAUUCUCCCGGCUUCCCUGACAGUGUCGGUGUGAACAGCAGCUGUGUUGUUAGGAUCACAGGGCAGACUUUACAAGUAACAUUGCUACAGUGGCGGAUGAGGUCAGGGGACCUUGACAUCUCAGGCGACGGGAGGCAACUCUGGACAAACGUGAAUGUAUUCCAGCACAACAGGGUAUUACCUGGAACAGCUGCCGAAAUAGUUAUAGUCUUCGAUAAUCAUGACCAGAGUGGAGAAAAUGUAUGGAUACGUGUUGCUGAUUCAGGUCAAAUGACAAUAACGAUCACCGGAGUAAUACUGUAUGCAUCAACCACAGCAACGUCAACACAUCAGCCGUUACGUUCACAGAGUACGUUCAAUCCAAGUACUUCGGACACAGCAGCAACUGAAACAACGACACGUGCACAAUCUACAGCUAUUGCGUCCUUUACGACCGUGACAUCAACGCGUGGACCUACUACUCACUCGACUGGGAGUAAACAAGGACACAGCAGUGAAACGUCAAGCGUGCAAUCUUCUCACGAUACAGCGUCCUUUACGACCACUAAAUCUACGCCUGGACUAACCACUCCCUCGCCAGGGAGUAAACGAACACAGCGGACUACGAAAGCAACGACGAUCGUAUCAACAUUUUUAACAACGAGAUGGGUGGUUUCACUUGCGGUGCCGUGUGCAGUGAGUUGUGUUGUUUUUGCAAUCAUCACAAUUAUUCUUUGCAGAUAUAGACAAAAGAGACAGACCCGGUCCCAAGAUACUUCCACUGACAGACCCCUGGAACUGGCUACCUCGGGGUCAGCUGAACCAAGUAACCUUUACUUUGUAAAGGCGUCCCAGCCUUCCCUCGUCCCAGCCUUCAUAAAUCUAAACAAUGAAGAAGUACCAGAUGCAGAAGCAUCAUCCAAGCUGACCGACACCAGACCAGAGCACGAACGGUACUCGAAAGUAUUACCAAGGCAUUUGAGAUUCAACCAAAACGACAAGGCACGUAUUUCUGGGAAUCGUGCCGAAAUGGUUGAUAACUUUUUAUACAGCACAUCAAAACAUGAACUCAUUGAUGAAAGAGCUGACGAUGCCAUUCUGGAAAACAUGGAUACUUGUCUCGUUGAUGAUGGAAACAUUGGGGCUGGUGUUUGUUACAUGACGGAAAACGAUAUCUAUUGCGGGGACCUGCUACAACUGACACCUCCGCUGAAACGAGCUCAGAAAGCGGAGAUAUGCCCAAAGAAAUAUGUGUCAUGGUUGACAAUGACAUCUACAGUGGAGGAGAGCCCGAUACUGUUAAUGUAAUGAUCUAGAUGGGGUAUGAGAGAAGUGGGUGAAGGAGUAUGGCUUCAUGCAAGCUUUUAACUACAUACAUACAUACAUACAUACAUACAUACAUACAUACAUACAUACAUACAUACAUACAUACAUACAUACAUACAUACAUACA